CUUUUACAUCCAUCCACUUGUUCUGCUCUUUGGCCCCCUCCUUCCCCUGCGCCUCAAAGGCCAACCGACCUGACCUGGUUGGCACUCAGUGGCUGCAAUCAUUUGCCCUUACAAGGUAAUGCCACGCCAUACCGUAACGCUGGCUGGACCCAACAUGGCUAUCUGUGGCCUGUGAAGAGCACUGGCAUGUGUGCUAAUGCACCUGCAUACAUCACCUAUCCCUGGCCCGUGCAGCAUCGGAACAGACGGCAAGGUACAUGUACCUUCGUAACCGCCGAUUUACCCUCGCUAUCCACCUGGAUUGCAGUUUUCCGCAUGCAUCGCCUGCAUCGACGUUGCAUUGACCCCGAGCGUGGACCGCCAGCAUGGCAGACACUACUAGCACGCAGUAUUCGACCGAGUAUCUCAAUGAGACCCAGCAACCCAUGUUGAUUGCCGUCACAACGGUCUUCGUAGUUCUCGAGACUGUGUCCCUGGCGUUGCGGUUUGUGUCGAAGCGCAUAGGUGGGAUACACCUCGGCUGGGACGAUGCUCUCAUGGUUCUUGGAUAUGUCUUUUGCAUGGGUCUCAACGCCAGCUGCUAUGAUGAUACUAUCCGCGGUGGUCUGGGUCUUCAUAAAGCGCAGGUUGAGCUGACCGACCCUAGCAAGCUCAUUAUCUGGGGUCACUAUAUCAUCGUGGUUCCCCUGGUCUACUUUCAGGGUGUGAACCCGCCCAAACUGGCGAUCAUCUACCUCUAUCUGCAUAUAUUUACGAGCAAGCGCACGCGCAUGCUUUGCUACGUGGUGGCGGCGAUACUGGUAGGAAACUGGCUCGGGACGACGGUAGCGGGCUUCCUAGCCUGCCGGCCGUUGAGCUACUUCUGGACGCAUCAGGGCCAAUGCUUCAACAUCAACGCCUUUUUUCGUUGGAGUGGACUAGCCAACAUCAUCACCGACUGCAUCAUGUUGGUGCUUCCGAUGCCUAUGGUCUGGCAACUGCAGGCCUCUCUCCGGCUCAAGAGUGGUAUCAUGUUGACCUUUCUCCUAGGUAGUGUCGGCCUCUUCUCAUCCAUUUUCCGCUUUUACGAAUUCUUCGUCACCAACGCGGAGGUGGACGAGACCUGGUCCGGAACGACGUUCGUCAUCUGGUGUGUCAUCGAGGCCGGAGUCUACCAGAUCGCCGCGUGUUUCCCCUCGUAUCGCCCCUUGGUCAAGUUCAUCGGACGCCGGGUGUUGAAAAUGACGACCAGAGACUCGACGGCCGAUCAUUCCUCGGUGCAGAAACCCUCUCGGGCCUUGGAACGGAAACAAUUCCGGUCUCUCACAGGAGAGGUGACGGCGGCGGACGAGGAGGAUGGGGUCGGACUGGUGACACUGGGUAAUUAUCGGGCCGACAUCGAACCUGGUACAAUUAUGGUGGAUCGCAAGUUCAGCGUUAGCUAGGCUAGCUGGUUGGAUUAGGGCUGUGGGGAUUUUUUCUUGUUGUUCCCGGCGGGUCCUGGAUGGGUUUGGGUAAUAGGCGUGAUUAGGUGAAUGGUGCUCUUCAUAUGUAAAGUAUAAUUACCAAGAAUGCUCGGUCUCAUGGUUUCAGUGUCUCAACGUAUUCAUUUCUGACCCUGGAGAAGGGAAGAGACAGGGGG